AAUUACUUUGAUUUUGAUUUGAGCUGAGCACAGCACAUUGAGGUUAUACUCUGAGUGAGUAAUGUAACAUUACAAAUACAAAAGUUUAUUGUUUAUUGAGUGUCUAAAAAAAGUGUGCCUUCUUAUGUUGUGUUUAUUACGGUUUAUGAUUUAAACAUACCAUUCUGGUCAAAGUAGUUUUCAUUAGUAAAUGCUACUUUGUUAGUAUCAAAGUUCUGUUUGUUCUUUGUUCAUAAGGGACAUAAUAAACAAAAUGGUCCAAGAAUAUUAGUUUUAAAAGUUACCACUGACUUUUAAUUUAUGCAACAUGACCCUUACUUUCUGUUGUGUUCCUACCUGUUCAAAUAUAGUAAGUGACCAUUCUAGACUAAAUUUCCACUAUUUACCAACUCCAGGUGGUAAAAGCAUUGUUACCUAUAAUAAGGAUGGCCACAAGAUAUACCGUGAUAAGAGGGAAUUAUGGCUAGAAAGAAUAAAAGUACCAGACACAGGUUGUCUUAAUUCUCGAAUAAUCUGUUCUGAACAUUUUACUGAUAAUGACUACUUUAAGAGAAGCGCCCCUGCCUAUUCAAAAUCAUACACACAAGUUCUUCUUAAACCAAAUGCUGUACCUUCAGUCAGUCUACCACCAGAUGAUUAUGAUCAUUCUAGCAAGAAGUUGAUAGCAACAAAGGAGAAAGACUGGGAAAAAGAGUUUGACAAUUUGAUGCAUUCUGCUGGAGCAGAAACAUUAAAGAAUUUAGUGAACAAGAUGCGUAACUAUCAUUUGGAAAGAAUGUAUGAUAUGUUGUUUGGAGAAAUGAAAGAGGAAUGGAUUAGAGCUAAGCCAACUCUAGGUGGUUAUGUUUACACAUGUUAUGCAUGCCGUCAUUUAUUUUCGUCGUUUAAUAUUCUUCAAGAUCACCUUAAUGUUAGAAUACUAGUGCUAAAGUUUAAAUGUUCCGGUUGUGAGAACAGAUGUUAUAAAUUCUACAAUCCGUGUGUCCUUUUAUUACACAUGCGCAGCCACUUCACAUCCGAUAGCAAUCCAAUAAAUCUUAAUGACAUACAAACGGAUAUUCUGCCUGUAGAACUAGCUGGCUUUUUCCCAAUUCCCGAAGUACCUGUACUUUACGAAAAAGAGGAAGAAAUGUUAACGGACAAUACUUACAUUGAUGUUCAAUUCUACAGCCCGAAGAGGGACCAAAGAGGACAAAACAUAGUAGAACUCGAAGGUGAUACCAUCGUAUUUGUUGAAAAUAAUGAAUUUUUAGCAUUGAAACAAGUUUGUAAGAAUGUACCAAAGUGCCAGUUCAUAACUAUAGAAGAGCACAACCAACUAAAAGAAAGCUACGAAGCUACCAUAAAAGAAGAAAUUUCGGAUUAUGUUGAACAAUUUACCCUACCCGUCAUAUCAAAAGUAGAAACUGUACAAGAACAACCAGUUACCCUUAUGCCAACUCAGUGCAUAGAUUGUAAAAAAUCUCAUUAUGAAGACUCGACUGCCAUGCACUACCAAGGAUCGCAAAAACCUACAGAUCUUAGCCUGACAUGUGACGUAUGUAACUUUAUAGCUCCUACUAACUGUGCCUUCUUAGCGCACUGUAGAAUACAUACGAAUACACCACCGCAUGUCUGUCCUGAGUGUGGGAUCGUUUUUGAUAAUUUUGAGGAUCUUCUUAAGCACCUCAACAAUGUUUGCUUUCAUCUUGCUAAGCAAGUCAAGAUGAGUUGUCCAGCCUUUAAAUGUAGGAAGCUAUUUUCUAUGCGCAAAAAUUUUAUUCUCCAUUUUAAGAACACCCACUUUAACGCUGGACUGACUUGUGUCGACUGUCGCUAUGUUACAUAUUCUGCCGAAGAAGGCGCUAAACACCAUAACUUGAAUAAUGGAAACUGCAAUAUAACGAAUAUUUACACUUGCGAGGUCUGUAAAAUCUUUUCGGCUUCGAACGAGUCUGAGAUGCAUACACACGCAAAAUUUCACCAUUCGCAAACGGACUGUAAUGUAUAUGUGUUUGCCUGUACAUACUGUCGGAAGAUUUUUAGAUCUGAUUUUACUUAUUCGGCCCACCUGUUGAGAUGUCCUUCGAGGAUAUCAGUUAGUUCUGAGGCCAAGCCCCGUCUGGUUAAAACCUUGUCUUGUGUCUUAUGUAAAGAGAAGUUAUCAACCGAGGAACAAGUGCGUCAUAAAAGCUCGUGCAAAUACGCUAAUCCAGUAGUUAUAGCAUACAAUUUGAGCGAGUCCUAUAUAAACGCCAUAAUCGAUGGGAGUAAUCAUUUUAUCAAAUCACCCAAGUCAAACGACUGCUUGGAAUUCACUAAAAAGAGAAGAAAAAGGUAUCUUACUGACAUUAGUAAACGAAGGAGACCGGAAAGUCACCCAGAUUUAAUAGCUGAAAAACCCAUGACAUUUGAUGGUACGUACCAUUGUCAGCUGUGUGAUUAUAGUAAUGACGACCGGAGUGAUUUCCACGUUCACAUUCGGACUCAUAGGGAGAUAUCCUCACCUUACCAAUGUAUGGAAUGUGGUGAGUGUUUUGUCGUUAAGCCUACGCUUUUCAAACAUUUGCGUCAUUACCACAAUAUUAGCGAUCAUGAUUAUUAUCUGAAAUGCAACGACUGCUUUGAUACAGCUACGGUAAAUAUGAUGGAAACAUCUGCUUAACUAGUUCAUUGGAAAACAUAACGUAGACAUGCGAUUGACAUUUUUAAACGUUCUUUUCCGUUGAUUUUGCACGUUAAAAACAUAUCAGUUUCUUAUGUUCAUAUCCAUUACGCAUUUACAUAUGUUGGACACUACUGAUUGCUGCUCUAAAUAUUUCAGCGGUGUAUGAUAAGACAUACCUGAUGUAUGAUUGUAAAUCUUUUUAUAUUUGAAGAUACUAUGUCUCUGUAUUUUAAAUUAUAUAUCCAAUCUUUAUCA